AUGAGGCUCGCACCACCGCAGCUACCCGAGCUGGACACUUCGAAACCAGUGGCAGCUCUCUGGCUAUUGCCUCUGCCGUAUAUUGUGAUAACAGGCUCGCUGCUAUUCCUCCCGCUGCAUCUGCGCAGAAUCAUAGGCAUACCCGUGUGUUUCGCCACGACAGUAUAUCCACUGGUAUAUCUCCGCCAACCCGAUCCGAUCAGUGCGUACAUGGUUGGCAAUGCGCAGAUAUACGCUCUCAUGAUAGCGGGAUAUCUGCUUAGCGUCGAUGUGGAGAAAAGGCUCGUCAAGUUAGAUGCGCGGGGAAUUGAGCGACCUCCUCCGGCUGGGUUGUGGGAGAGAAUUGUGUUCUUUGCCGAUCUCCUCUCAAAUCCACGCGGCAUACACUGGAAAUGGGCGCGUCGGAUCGAUAAGCAGGGUGUAGAAACGGAGGGUGACAAGACUUGGAAGCGGUUUAUAGCCGAGCGUCUUGCUGUUAUAGCGAUGCACAUCCUCAUCAUAGAUGCAUUCGAGACAUACUUGCACACUCCGCCCUACGACAUACUCACACUGCGUCCGAUAGCCGCGCAGCCAGUCCUCUUACAAGCAUUCCACUUGGCAUUUUUCGGCGGCGUCGCUUACUCUGCCAUCAACGCGUUCAAUCUGAGCGCAUCGGUGGUAUGUGUCGGUGUUGGAGUGAGCAGUCCGCGCGACUGGCCGCCCUUCUUCAACCUAACUGAAGCGUGGUCGAUAGGGCGGCUAUGGGCUGUUGGGUGGCACAGUGUAUUCCGACAGACGAUCAAAUUCUACGGCGACAACAUAGCUAGCGUGUUUCCAGAGCGCGCACACGUACCUGUGAAGCUGGUAGUCGCAUUCAGCCUCACGGGCGCCAGUCACGCGAUGGGUGCAUAUGUUCUGGCGGGACUGGGCCGCGGUCAGUUCUGCUUCUUUGUCGUACAGGCUGUCGGCAUUGUAGUGGAGUAUCUCGUGUUCGGGAACACACUCGCGCAGUCGCCUGCUACCUCAUCUAGAAAGCUGCUCGGUUAUAUCUACACGGCUAUCUUCGUAGGCAUCACUAGCAGACCGUUCCUCGACGAGUUCGUGAGCUCGGGGCUGUGUACGCCUGAUAUGAUACCGUUCUCUAUCUCUAGAGGAAUCCUUUACGGACAGUGGAGGGUGUAG